CCACGCCCCAAAAUCUAGUGGAAAGCCUUCCCAGAAGAGUGGAGCUUAAUACAACAGUGAAGGGGGAAUAAAUCUGGAGUGAGAUGCUCAUCAAGCAUAUAUGGCUAUGAUGGUCAGGGGUGCACAUACUUUCCCCCCAUCAUAUAGUGUACAUUUUAAUCUCAGUAGCCCAGCAGCCCAUCUCAACACUUUCCCAGGACCUCAUUAAACAUUCAGGACGGCUGUACUACAUGUUGGAAACCUGACCUACAGAAGUCCAGGGUUUUCCAGAACCAUUCAGUAUUCAUGGGCAAGAUGAGAUGACCAAGUUAGAUUAGUUUGGAAUAAAAACAAGCCAUUGAAAUGUAGUUUGAAGCUGUAAAGUAGGUUUAGGUGACACAUUCGUCGAACAUCAACAUGAUUUGUUGUUGUUUUUUUUUUUUAUGAACAUGUUUGUUUUGUCUUUUGUCUGUACUUUAAUUAAUCCUCUCCUCUCUCUCUUUAACGUUUUAUCAGUUAGGUUCCAUCAGAUAAAAUGUAGGUUUCUGAUCCUGAAGUAAACUUUUAACUCGAAGCGACGGACGAACUGUUUCACACUCUCAGCUAAAUGCUAACAAACUACAAUGAACCCGGACUAACACGCUGAGCCGCUCGCGCCACAUCAAACUUCAGAGAGCGGACUGUACCAUUGUAGAAAAAAGCGUAGGGGGGUGGAGAAAGAACGCGAGAGACUUUGGCUCCGUCCAAAACAGCACACUGUUGUUUUACAGAAGUAUGAUGAAUUAGUACGCAGCCAAAGUGGCUCACUCAUAUGGAACACUUUGUAGUGCGGUAGUGUGCGGUUUUAGACCUAACCUCUGAGUUCCGCCGUGGUCCCGCCUCGGCUCGCGUGAGGAAACGGGACUAUUUGCGGAAUAUAAAAGAUGAACAAACUCCGGUUUACGUUAUGCAACACUCGCUCUCCGUUGACUACUGUCGCGUGACGCGCGUGCCGACUUUAUGGCACAGUUUCGCGCAUAAAUCUUCGGUGUCCGUGCGUGCCUGUGCUCAGCGCGUGCCCCGCCGUGUGUUGUGUUGGGCUUCACUUCGUGUCCCGAGCUCCGGUGUGUGCGCGCGAGGCGCAGCCUGUGUCUCUCUCAGUCUCCUCUACUGGUGUCCGCGAGCGUCUGCACACAGCCAUGGCUGGAGACGGUACGGAUCAGCGCGCGCUGCAGUACGAGCAAACUUUGAUGUAUGGACGCUACACACAGGACCUGGGUGUGUUUGCAAAAGAAGAAGCCGCGCGUUUGAGGGAGGAGGCGGUGUUCAGACGUCUGGUGACGGAGAGAAGCCGAUCGCUCGAGCUCCUCGAGUACGAAAAGAGCCGCUGUGCCAAGUGCAGGAUCUGUACAGUUCAUUGUCAGAAGUUCCUGAUCUCACGUGUGGGGGAGGAUUGGAUCUUCCUCAUCCUGCUCGGACUCGUCAUGGCCCUCGUCAGCUUCGUCAUGGACUUCUGUAUCGCCAUCUGCCUUCAAGCUCAGAAGUGGAUGUACGGAGGUUUGGACGGUAACAUGGUCCUGCAGUACCUGGCGUGGAUCACAUACCCUGUAGUUCUCAUCAGCUUUUCCGCCGGCUUCACACACAUCGUAGCACCUCAGGCUGCCGGUUCUGGUAUCCCCGAGAUGAAGACCAUCCUGAGGGGUGUGGUGUUAAAGGAGUACCUCACCCUCAAAACCUUUGUCGCCAAAGUCAUUGGCCUAACAUGUGCACUGGGCAGUGGGAUGCCUCUGGGCAAGGAGGGUCCAUUUGUGCACAUUGCAAGUCUGUGUGCUGCACUGCUUUGCAAGUUCAUGUCACUCUUCGGCGGAAUUUACGAGAAUGAAUCACGGAACAUAGAAAUGUUGGCCGCUGCGUGUGCUGUAGGUGUUGGUUGCUGCUUUGCAGCCCCCAUCGGAGGCGUGCUCUUCAGCAUUGAGGUCACCUCCACGUUCUUCGCUGUGAGGAACUACUGGCGUGGGUUCUUCGCUGCUACCUUCAGUGCCUUCAUCUUCAGAGUGCUGGCUGUGUGGAACCGAGACGAAGAAACCAUAACUGCUCUCUUCAAGACUCGUUUCCGCCUGGACUUUCCCUUUGACCUUCAGGAACUGCCGGCCUUUGCCGUUAUUGGGAUAGCGAGUGGUUUCGGCGGCGCUCUAUUCGUUUAUCUGAACAGACUCAUCGUCCAGUUCAUUAGGAAGCAGAAGGUGAUCAACAAGUUCCUCAUGAAGAAGCGUCUUCUGUAUCCUGCCCUCGUCACCCUCCUGAUCUCCACAUUGACGUUUCCUCCUGGAUUUGGACAGUUCAUGGCAGGCCAGCUGACCCAGAAGGAGUCUCUGGUGACGUUGCUGGACAACCACACGUGGGCAAAGCAGGGCAUCGCUGAGGAGUUUGAGUAUGACGGUCACGCUGCAGCCUGGAAACACCCUCAGGUCAACGUCUUCGUCACGCUCGUCAUCUUCAUUGUGAUGAAAUUUUGGAUGUCGGCUUUGGCCACCACCAUCCCCGUACCCUGUGGCGCUUUCAUGCCCGUCUUUGUGAUCGGUGCUGCUUUCGGCCGGUUGGUGGGUGAGAGCAUGGCUGCUUGGUUUCCUGAAGGGAUUCACUCAGACGGUGUUGUGUAUUCAAUUGUACCAGGAGGAUAUGCUGUAGUGGGUGCGGCGGCCUUAUCCGGAGCCGUAACACACACCGUGUCCACAGCAGUGAUCGUGUUCGAGUUGACGGGACAGAUCAGUCACAUUCUCCCUAUAAUGAUCGCCGUUAUAUUAGCCAAUGCCGUGGCCCAGAGCCUCCAGCCUUCGAUUUACGACUCCAUCAUACGCAUCAAAAAACUACCGUACCUGCCAGAGCUCGGCUGGGGACACCACGAGAAAUAUAACAUUCGUGUGGAGGACAUCAUGGUGAGAGACGUGAGGUUCAUCACGCUGAACUGCACUUACAGAGACCUGCAUGAUGUCCUGCUCACCGAGCGACUCAAAACACUCGCGCUGGUCGAGUCCUCGGAGUCGAUGAUUUUAUUGGGCUCGAUUGAGCGCGCUCAGUUGCAGGCGCUGCUGUCCAUUCAGCUCGGCCGGCCGCGGAGACUCGAGUUCCUCCGCCAGCGCUCCCAGAGCGAGAAGAAACACUCGGACACACACAGCAGCGAGGAGAAUGUGCACAAGGUCAACCAGGAAGUCCGCUUCCAGAUCUCUACUGAGGAAUCCUCGUUCACUCCUCCUAGCUCCAUCUCACAAAAACCACUAAAACCUGCACUGAAGAGACAAUCAGUUGUGGAUAGAGGCUCACAGAUACCUUCAAGACAGGACUCGGGCAUCGCCUUAAAAAGCCUCUUCUGCGCCCACCCAGAUACUGAAGGGGCGGAGGAGGAAGGCAUGGAGGAUGACAUGACCAUGAGAGAGAUCGCUGAGUGGGAGGAGCAACAGCUUGACGAGCAGGUCAACUUCAACAACUGUAAGAUUGACCCCGCCCCCUUUCAGCUGGUGGAGCGCACCUCACUGCACAAGACGCACACCAUUUUCUCUCUGUUGGGUUUGGACCACGCUUACGUCACCAGCAUCGGACGCCUCAUAGGGGUCGUAUCACUCCGGGAGCUGCGUAAGGCCAUCGAGGGUUCGGUGACGGUGAAGGGGGUGAAGGUGCGCCCCCCGCUGGCCAGCUUCAGGGACAGCGGUACCAGCAGCAGUGACACCGAAGUGACCGAGCUUCACAAACUGUGGAACCGCCACACCAACAUAACGUUGCCGAGCGACCACCAGCCCUCCGACUCGGACGAGAAAUCCCAGUGAAAAACAACGGAAACAAAGGGAGGAUGGAUGAAAGGGGUUGGAUAAGACUCGUAAAUAAUUUGUGAAAAAUUUUUUUUUUUUUUUCUACGAAAGCUGAAGACAUGCACACUUCUAGGGGUUUUUUUCUGGAAAGUUCUGUAUUCAGGUCGCUCGGUGAGCUCUUGGCGAAGUGGAUUUUAAACUCCUUAUCUUUCACAUCCCGCCUCUUCUGCACUGAUUCGAUUUCCUAGUUUCGAAAAAAAAAGGGACGUACUAACGCUAACACUUCCUGAAUUCGAACAAUUUCAGACAAAACUGCGUGGUUGCUUUUCCACAGAUUCUGUUCUUCUCUCGUUCUUCCUCCAGUCUUUGAUCUUCCAGUCUUUUUUUUUUUUUUUUUUUUGCAUUUUUAUAGAGAGUCUUCCUAUAACAUGCAUCUUGAUGCUAGUUCGAGAUACAAAGUGAUAUUUAGCGAUAUUUACGCUGUUUUUAACGAGCGCUUUUAAAUGUCACGCCCACGUACGCACCUUUUUCUUUGUUUUCUUUAUAAACUAAAAGAUCGACACUGCGUUUUGUUGUAUAAUUUAUUCUUAAUUGCCGAUUAACGAUCGUAAUUAUCGGUUGUCCGUCUUGUACACUAACCACUCGUUUAAUUUUAAAUUCCAACGCAGUUAUCGAAAACAGAGAUUUAUUACCGUUCUCAUUAACCAUGAUGCACUUUGCUGUAAAAAAAAAAAAAAAAACAAACAAAAACAAAACCUCUCUCGGGAGUUGGUUUUGGUGAUUGUUCCAAAAUUCACUACAAUCGACAAAGUUCAUACAAGGACUAUUAACUAUAAACUAUUCAAUUCUACACUGAUUUAUUUUGUCAGUUUCGAUGUAUUUAUAAAAUUAUUCUCGUUUGAAAACGCUAAAGAUUGGCGUCCAAGCUGAGCUUCCAACUUCUGGUUUUUUGGGGGGGGGGUUUUUUUCCAUGAAUUUAACGUUCCAGUCUGUUGUACAUGUCCUGGUUUGAACACUGAUAGAUCCUUCUGUUGGGUCUGAAGAACCUAAGGUUCCAAUUUCCAGAUCUGUUCCUCAAGGAACCUGUCUGCAUCUCAUCAUCUCAUCAGAGCAGACUCUGGUCUUUCAUAUGUUGGGUCAAAUGCUCUUACUUCCUGCUGAAUAUUCCCCGUAUAUAAGCUUUGCAGCAUCUCAUGUGACCUUCUUUUGGGUCUGAAGAGUCUAAGGUUCCUUUUGAUAUGCUCAUCAUGUGUCAUCAUCUCAUCAGAAUAGAACCACAGAACCUGGUUGGUUAUUAAUGUAUUGGCUCAAAUUCUCUUACUUCCUGCUGAAUAUUCCUUGUGUAAGUUUCCCAGCAUCUCACAGGACCUUCUGUGAGCUUGUAAUAUCUGCAAGCACCUCCACGUUUUUGACAUGCUUGCCAGAGUAGAACCUGGACAUUCCGAUCCAGUCACACAUUUAAUAAGGCAACUGUCCAGCAUGAUGUUGGAGUCGACGCCAUGCUGAAUAGUUGCCUUCUUAAGUGUUUGCGCGAUCAUAAGGACCUAAUGUUCCGCUUUCCCAAGGAACCUGUACACGCAGAAUCUAGUCAUACAUAUCCCAUAUCCUGAUUAAUAUCUUUCUUAUGGAGCUGGUGUAAGAUCUUGAGCAUCUGAUUGGACCUUCUGCGUGUUUAGUCUGGAGAUAAAAACCUAAAUGUUCAAAUAUGUUCCUUGAAGAACCUACAGCAGAACCUAGUCGUUCUCGUUCUAGGUCAAACACUCGUAUUUCCUGCCGAAUAUUGGACUUGUAAUAUUCUUGAAGAACCCAGAAUAAGUUACAGAAUACCUGGUAUGAAUGAUUAGUUGAUUCUGAUGAUCAAAGAUUCCAGGUUCUCAAUUUCUUUCUCAAAUAAGCAGUCUACAGUUUGGUCACCUCAUCCAAAAAGGAACGGAAUUGGUUGGUUUCCAGGUCCUUGUCUGUUCCUGUAGGAACCGGUUCACAUUUUUGACUCGGACGUUCAUGCUUAGACUCGGAUCUCCAGCAUCAUAUAAAAUGGGCUGUAAGUACCUGUGGUUCUCAGAUCCCACUUUAUUUCCUGAGGAACAUCAGCAUAUCCAUGUUUUGCUUCUUCUCAUCAGAGCAUAAUAUUCAGGACAGUCACCUCCUGGGUUGGACACCUUCUCCUUCCUGUAUAUUCAUCUCAUAUAUCUCAUGUAAGAUCUGCUAUAGUUCCAUUUAUUGUUUUGCAAGGGUUCUCAGAUCCCAAACAGUUCCUCGAGGAACCCUGUCCAUGUCUUGGUUGACUCGCAAGAGCCGAUUCUCAUCGUUCACGUCCUGGAGUCAGCUGCUUCCUGCCGAAUAAUGCCUGGAUGCAUAUUUUCUCAUUUCUUAAGGUCUUAAUGUUUCCAGAUUUUUCAAGAGGGCGUUCAUCACAUCCACAGAAUCUGAUGAUCGGUUUUGUUCAGACUUUGAUUCCCUGCAGCUGGAACAUGAUAUCCCAGCUGAAUCUGGACCUCGUUCCUGGAUCUUGUACCCUGUGGAGUUCCUUCACCCUCCGAUCUAAUAUUCAGACACUCCUGGUAGUCUUAAGUAGCCGGAUACCCUUAGAUCAGACAUGGAGUCGGACUCCGAUGGUGACUGACCUUCAGGAUCCCCUAGUUUGGGUAUCUAUGAUCUGGUAGCACUUUUCCACCAGUCAGUGUAGCUCAGGUCUACCAGUUUAUCAUGAUCCUAAAUUUGGUUCCCUUUUCUGUUCAGAUACCAUGUGAGCCAGGAGCGGGAAAUAUGGGUGGGGCUAGAAAUGGUGCAGAGCGCUGAUUGGCCAAAGACCUUGAUCAUUAAUUUCAUGCUUUAGGUUUGUAUUUGAUUUAUUUCCCUGCAGUAAUUCUUUGCAUUUCGCUGACAUUUGGCAUGAUUUUUACAUUUGGUUCCUGUACCCAGUGUAAAUCUUGCCCUCUAUUCACUAUGCAUGCUGCCUACAUAGGGUACAACCUAACGGUGCUGUUUAUCCUACCUAGUGCACUACGUUCACAGUAGUAUGCCUUUUGAGAUCAUUCAAGGGGAAAUGAACAGCGCUUUUGUUUUUUCACGAGUUUGCGCCGUCUCCCUUCGCUGAGAUUAAAGUAUUGGCGCCCCCUUUGUCUCCGUGUGGAUUUCGGCAUUGAAAUAAAUGAGCUGUGUCUAGGUCUGAGUAAUUUGUACUAC